AGAAAAAAAGAAAAAAGAAAGAAAGAAAGAAGUUCUAAGUACAAAGUUGUUUCAGCGUUCUAAAAUCGAUCAUUAGAAACCAGAGAGUAGUACUUGAGCUCUACCAGCAUGGCCAAAACCCUCCCAAAAGUCACUCCCACCUUCCUUAUUCUGUUCACCAUCCUCUCCUUCGCAUCCUUCGCCACCGCCGGCGGCUUCUCAAGAACCUUAUCUCCGGCGAAACUUGGGCUCAAGCGAGAGAAACUGAGCCACCUCCACUUCUACUUCCACGACAUCGUCAGCGGGCCAAACCAAACGGCCGUGAGAGUUGCCGAGGCCCCCAUGACGAACACAUCCUUGACGGGUUUUGGUGCCGUGGUGAUGAUCGAUGACCCAUUGACCGCGCGGCCUGAGCUGACCUCCAAGCACGUGGGAAGAGCGCAAGGAAUAUAUGCAUCUGCUUCUCAAACUGAGGUGGGUUUCUUAAUGGUGUUAAACUUUGCUUUCAUGGAGGGUAAGUAUAAUGGUAGCACUCUCAGUGUAUUGGGGCGUAACACCGUCUUGUCGGCGGUGAGGGAGUUGCCGAUCGUCGGUGGGAGCGGGCUUUUCCGUUUCGCACGUGGGUAUGCUCAUGCCAGGACUCACACUUUUGACAUCGGAUCUGGGGAUGCUGUUGUGGAGUACAAUGUCUAUGUCUUCCAUUAUUGAUGUUUGUUAAUACUUCAAUUAUUUGCAUCAUUUUUAACUUCGUUUUCCGGUACUUUGAGCCUUUGAGAGAUAUAAAAGACGUUGGGUUUGUCUUUUU